UCGCUCUCUCCCUUUCUCCCAAAAGAUCACAAAAAGAAAAUGCAAAACUCCACACCUUUCUUUCUCUUUCUUCUUCUUUUUCUCUUAAUUUUCUCCACAGCUCAGCCUGGAAUCUCAGACCCAUCACCCUCAACUGCAUGCAAAUCCACCCUUUACCCCAAACUCUGCCACACCAUUCUCUCCUCUUUCCGCCGCUCCUUGCCGGAUUCCGCCGCCUACGGCGAGUUCUCCGUCAACCAAUGCAUCAACCACGCCACCACAUUAUCCGCCACCAUCACCCGCUUCCUCCGUCGUCACCCAAUGCUUGUCAGCGCCAGAGAGGUUAGCGCGCUCGACGACUGCGCCCACCUCGCCGAACUCACCGUCGACUACCUGCGGCUCGCGGCGGCGGAGCUGAGGGCCACCGACAACCGCCGCUCGACGACGGAUGUGAUGGUUGGGAGGGUGGAGGCGCUGCUGAGCGCGGUGGUGACUAAUCAGCAGACGUGCCACGACGGCCUCGCAGACGCCGGCAGUAAAAUCGUGGAUGCAUUGCAUGUGCCGCUCAGUAACGCGUCGCAGCUGUACAGCGUGUCGCUCGGGCUGGUUAGCCACUCCCUGGGACGGCGGCGGAAGGUUGCCGCCGGCGAAAUGGGCCACCGGCCGCGAGGUAUGUUGGAGGCGUUUGACUGGACGCGAAACCCAAGCUUUGUGGCCACCAAGGUGUUAGAGUCGAGUGAAAGGGAAGGAAGAAUGGUUGAAGAGCUGGGCAUGGGGGUUAAGGUGAGGGGGAUGGUGAGGGUUAGUCGUGAUGGAGAGUUGGGGUUUAACUUCACCUCAAUCGGAGAGGCCAUUGCACAUGCACCCAACAAAACCAAGAUCAAAGACGGCUAUUUUGUGAUAUACGCAAAGGAAGGGUACUAUGAAGAGAACGUUGUGGUGGGGAAGCACAAGAGGAACAUAAUGCUCAUCGGCGACGGGAUCAACCGCACUAUCAUCGUCGGAAACCGCAGUGUGGCCGAUGGCUGGACAACCUACAAAUCUGCCACUUUUGCUGUUCAUGGGGAGCGGUUCCUGGCCAUAGACGUGACGUUUAGGAACACAGCGGGUCCGGCAAAGCACCAGGCGGUGGCGCUUCGAAACAACGCCGAUCUCUCGGCCUUCUACCGCUGCAGCUUCGAAGGCUAUCAGGACACGCUAUACACCCACUCCCUCCGCCAGUUCUACCGCGACUGCGACGUCUACGGCACAGUAGACUUCGUGUUCGGCAACGCCGCCGCCAUUCUCCAGAACUGCAACCUCUACGCUCGCAGACCCCUACCCAACCAAAAGAACGUCUUCACGGCCCAAGGGCGAACCGAUCCCAACCAGAACACUGGGAUUUCCAUUCAUAACUGCACCGUCCAGGCCGCAGAGGAGCUGAACUCGACGAGCAAUUUUCUGGGGCGGCCGUGGAAGGUGUAUUCUCGGUCGGUUUUUAUGCAGUCUUAUAUCGGAGAUUUGAUCGAUCCUGCAGGGUGGUUGGAGUGGGAUGGGACGACGGGGGGAUUGGAUACGGUUUAUUAUGGGGAGUUUGAGAACUAUGGCGGCGGGGCUAAUACUAGCAUGAGAGUUCAGUGGCCUGGGUAUAGUGUGAUGAACGCUUCACAAGCGCUGAAUUUCACUGUGUAUAAUUUUACAAUGGGGGAUACUUGGCUCAACUAUACUAAUAUACCUUUCUCUCAAGGCUUGUUGUAGCCCCAGAAGGGACAAACUGUCUUAUGUACAUGUAAUCUAAUUCUAAUGAAUACAACUCCUUUGAUUUUUGUUCAAAUUCUAAUCAACACUUAA